AUGUCUGUAGUUAGAUCACCAGCCGAGGAUUCCAACUCCAAGCCGAAGAGGGCUAGACUGGAAAUCCGACUUUCGUUGAGUUUCUCGGACAAAGACAAGAUUGGAACCAUCCAACCACAUGAUGACGCUUUGGUGGUCACCCUCAGGAUAGGGGGGUAUGAUGUAAAGAUAGUAAUGUUGAACCAGGGCAGUUGUGUAGAAGUCAUGUAUCCUGACUUGCAUAGAGAACUAAACUUGAAACCUGAAGACCUAAUAACCUACGAUUCGCCUCUGGUAAGUUUUGAUAGGAAGCUUGUUAUCCCGAAGGGCCAGAUUAGGUUGCUUGUACAGGCCAGCUCAGAGGUAGUGGAAGUGGACUUCAUAGUGGUGGAUGCAUACUCCCCUUACAAGGCCAUUGUGGCCAGACCCUGGCUUCAUACCUUGGGUGCUGUUUUUUCAACUAUGCAUCAGAAGGUGAAGUAUCUAUUCAGAGACCGAAUUAAGGAGCUGGUAGGGAACCAAUCCAUGGCUAGGUAG